AAAGAAGUAAAGGAGCUAACAAAAUCAACCUAGUCGCCUCUCCUCCUCCUUCACUCUCUUAUCUGCAUCCACCAGUUAAGUCAGGUAGCGAACAAAAUCUGAAGGGCUCGGGAGGAAAUCCAAGUCGCGAGCAUCGUCGUUUGAUCCCUUCAUCAACUUUUUCACAAUCUACUAAUACAGAAGGGACACAACGAACUGAAACGACACUCUUCUUAGGCGGCAAACUUGGUUCUCUUUCGCUACUGCUAGGUGGACGCCUGAUUGCUGAACUUGAAUCGUCUUCCUCCGAAUAUUGCUGCUUUCCCUUCGUUCUCCAGGUGGGCGCCUGAUUGCCAAAACUUGAACUGUAUUCCCUUG